UUCAACCUACACAUCUAAGCAAAACGACACGCCGGAGAGUUUUCGGAGGACAGUGAGGAAAAGGUUUUUAGGGUUUUUACCAAUCAGAAUCUCCGUCAAGGAACGAGUUUUAGAUUCGAAAGCAACAAAGGUCAUAUAGUUCUCUGGACUGUUUACAUGGCAACAAAUACUGGACUUGAGGAUCUUGUCAAUCAGAUUAUUUCGGUGAUUACAAAUGAUGGACGCAACAUUGUGGGAGUUCUAAAAGGUUUUGACCAAGCUACAAAUAUAAUCCUUGAUGAAUCUCAUGAACGCGUGUUUUCCACUAAGUGCCAUCUUUUCAAUAGAACAUUGAGGAACAAACAUAUUCAGAUAUUUAAGAUAGGCCUUGUCUCUACUUUGUUUGGUGAGAGAAUAAGUAUGUCAGGUCAUGUUGAUACUUCAUUAGACCAAUGUUAUUGGAGGUUUUUGGAAGGAGUACAACAACAUGUGUUGGGUUUGUACAUUAUCAGAGGCGACAACAUAGGUGUUAUCGGGGAGCUGGACGAGGAGCUUGAUGCUGGUCUGGAUUUGUCAAAGCUGAGAGCUCAUCCGUUGAAACCUGUCGUUCAUUGAUUGAAAAUAGUUAUGGUGAGAAAGCCUAAUUCUCAUUCAAAGCCUUAAAAACAAAGAAAAAUUUCAUUGUAAACAAUUUGGAUAGUUUGUUUUGAUGUCUGGAGUUGUCUUGUUUGUGUAUCCUAAGGACAAAAGCUAUAUGAUAUUUUUGUCUUAACGUU